GAAUGUUGUCUUUGAAUAUUCUGUUAGGAGGAGAUAUGUUGGCUGUGGGGUUGUCGUUAUAGAUAUGUGUGUAACAAGGAGCAUAGGAGGAAGAUGUUGGCAGAUGUGCUAACAUCUUCCCUCCUGAGUCACAGUGCUCCUUCUGGACUCCGCCCUGCAACUGGACACAAAUCGGCUGUUCCUUCAAGUUCCUCUGUCCAAUGGAAGCUAAUGGGUGCAGCCAGAGGUGGGGGGUGCUUCUCCCAGAGUAUGAACAGAGCAGGAGAGGCUCCAGUCCUUCUUCACCACACACACGUGUUACUGUGGCUGCAGACAGACAGUAUGUCAGGAGGACGCCCCUGUUCUCUGCACAUCAACAUGCGUCCAUCCUAAAGAAGCACUCAGACAAGGAGAACCCGUUGGCUGUCAGCAGACCUGAAGAACAGCUCACUGACAGGACCUCCUGCAGCAGAGUGAAGGAGGAGCUCAGCCCAGACAGCUUCAGCCUCUCUUACAGGGACAUGUCUCCUCCUUCACCCUGGAGGAGAGACCUUGCCUCACCCAUGGUUGUUUCAGAUCUCAGGGACCGGCUGUCCACUCUCCCUGGCAGCAGAUCCGCUCAGCAGAGCCUCUCCAGCUCCAACAUGAAAGUCCAGAAACUGAACCACCCAGUGCGCCUGCAGCUGACCUCUGCCGUCCUGCAUCCAACAUACAGCCCUCGCUCAGGGGACUCCAGGAGGAGUCGUCGGGGGGGGGCCAAACUGUGCCCUUAUGGAGGACAUCCUGUGUCUCCCUUUCAGGCCGAGUACUGGGCCUGUGCCAUCCCCCCAGCUCUGCCUCUAUCUCCGGACAGACAGACCACGAGCUGGGAUCCUAACAGGGAGUACCAAGCGCUGUUGGACUACAGCUACCCUCUGAGAGCGGGACAGCCGCUCUGUGCGGGGGACAGCCCUGAGCACCAGGAACACACUCUCAACCCGCAGGACUCAGGGAUAGAGCAGGACCUCCUAUGUAGCUCUGACAGUAUGUCUCUCAGUGGGGGGCACAGGUAUCCUAGCCUACAGGGGCUCAAAGCCUCUGGUACCUCACUCUCCCUUGCAGACUUGUACUGCAGUCCCCAUCAGCAAUGUGCACUGUCCAGGUGUGCAUUUGAGGAGCUGGACGAGGUCUUCUGUCCUCUUCCAGAGCAGCUGGAGGGGCUGCAGCUGCUGCCUAGACAGGUGGGCACACUCUGAGACCACUGACCUGCAUCUGGUUCAAACGGCUGCUUCCU